AUGAAAAAUGGAGAAAUUAUUAAAUAAGUUAAUGAUUUUAAGGAAAUUGAUAAUUCUGAAUUUUCUAAAAAACAGUAUCAUAUUUAAAAAAAAGAAAAUAAUGAUGUUUCAUGCAUAAUUUUUAUACACGAAGAAAAUUUACUUGUGGCAAGUUUUUUUGAUUCUACUAUUAGAAUAUAUGAUGAAUCAGAAGCUGAUUAAUCUGAACUUGUUAAAGUAUUAAGUGGAGGUCAUUCUGAUUCAGAAAUCUUGGUUCUAUCAUAUUCUUCUAAAUAAUAUAUAUUAGCAAGUGGAGCUGCUAAUGGUACUAUUGCUUUAUGGGAUUUUGAAAAUGGAAAAUUAGAGAAUAUAUUAAAAGGCGAUUAAUCAGAAAUUUUGCUUAUUGAAUUUUUAGAUUCGUACCCAUGUAUUAUGAGUAGUUCUAUUAGUGGAUUUGUAUAUAUUUGGGGUUCAAAGAAUUGUAAUUAGAAUUAUAAAUAUAGAUUAAUAAUAUAGAUUUAAAAUUCACAUUUUAUAAAUGGUAUUGAGUAAUUAUAUGGUGUUUAUUCAAGUAUUUGUAUUAAUUAUGAAAAUAUUUAAAAAAGGGAAAUUCCAUAAGAUGAGUUUUUGCCUUUAGAUAUGGAGAAUUUCAAUCCUAUUAUUAAAAGAAGUAAAGAGAAGAAAAAUUCAAAAAUCAAGAUUUUUUAUGACGAAAAUAAUAAUAAAAAAGGUUCUUUUAUUUUUUCUUCAUAACUUAAAAAUAAAAAUAUAAAUAAUAAUAAUAUUGAAAGCCCAAAAAAUGAGUAAACUGAAGAUGAUAUUAAAGAAACAAAAGAAUGUUUUGAAAAAUAUUGGGAAAAUUUCAAUUAGAAAAAUAAAUAAUUUUAAUGUCUGGUUUAUGUUGGAGAUUUCAAAGGAAUUAUUUAAAUUUGGAAUUUUACUGAUAUAUUUUAAGCCAGAAAAAUUUAACCUUUAAUAGAAGAAAAAAAAAAACUUAAUGUCCAAAUUAGAAGAAAAGACCUCAUUAAUGUAACUAAAACAGCUCAAAAUAUGCUCAUAAUGUCUGAAAAGAAAUAAUUAUAAAAUUAAUUCAUAAUUCAUCCUAUAAAUACUAUUCUUUUAAAAAGAUGGGUAGGACAUUAGGCUUGUAUUAAUAAAUUAACGAAAAUAAAUGAACCUAAGUGUAUUAUUUCAUGCUCUCAUGAUAAAAAUGUCAAAAUUUGGUCAAUUUAAGGGGAAUAUUAUUCAAAAAUUAAUAUAAAUUAAUUUGAUAAAUAAUAAAAAUGGUAUUUUCCAUAUAAUUGGAUUAAUUAGAAAAUGAAUGAUUUGGAAUUAGUUUUUGAUUCUUUGGAAAUUAUUGAAAAUGAUGUACUUAAUUAAGGUUAAAAAGAUAAAAUAAGAAUGAACUAUUUAAUGGGAAAGUAUUUCGAUUAAAAUAAUUAUAAUGAUCUUGAAGUUAAACUUAAUUAAGUUGAUGAAAUUAAUUAAUCUGAAGAAGAAAUCACUUAAUAACCAAAUUAUUACUAUCAAUAAAAUUUAACU